AUGAAAAGUAUAACGAAGGAUGCGAGUGCAAUCAACCAAGUGACAAGGAGCCUGGCCUGUGAGUGGGCCAAGGACAAUAUUCGCGUUAAUGCUGUUGCGCCAUGGAUCAUCAAUACUCCCAUGAUUGAAGCAGCCUGCAUAAGAAGCAGAAUUCUUUUUUUUGAAAUGUUCGGUGCAAAUAUUGGGUUGCAGCAAGUCCCUAGUCGCAAGGAAAACACAGAAAGCUUAAUUGUGUUGAAAAUAGCCCGCUUAUAUUUUCAACAAAUUGGUCGGGCACCUAUGAAGCAAGCAGGAGAGACGAGUAAAGUUUCAUCGCUGGUGAUAUAUCUAUGCCUUACCACAGCUUCAUGUAUCACUGGCCAAAUUAUCUGCGUUGAUGGUGCAUUCACAGUCAAUGGCUUCGUGUAA